UAAUCGCUAAACAUUUCGCAUACAAGAUAAUCACAACAAUCAUGAAAAAUAUUUUUAUUUCAGCUCUUGCCUUCGCUAUUUUAUCGCUCGCUAUUUUAUCGCUCGCUUUUGCAAAACCUACUCCAAGAAUCAUGGUCGGAACAUUAUUUAAAAGAUCGGGCCUGGUUGAAAGACAGGACAACACUACUUGUUUAUGCCCUCCUACCAACGUACCAUGCGAUUCUCAAAAUCUAUGCCCUGCCACUGCUUGUGAAGCUGAUGAUCCACCUUGCGGUAGCGGCUGCUGUGAACAAGGAUCAAUUUGCAGUUCAAAUGCUAAUGGUCCG